CGUCAGUUUUUGACACUUCUCGAUUGAAGCGCGCGGCGGGUGGUCAAACGCCCGGUGUAACAACGUGGUGUCUUAUAUCCUGUGAUAAACAUUCCUAAAUCCGAAAUGAAGGGUGACAAGAACGUAGACGUCCAGGCUCUUAAGGACAUCGCCAACAAGCUCAGAAUCGACAGCAUAGUCGCCACAAAUGCGUCAAAGUCCGGACAUCCGACAUCAUGCGCUUCAAUGGCAGAAAUCAUGUCUGUCCUGUUCUUCCACACCAUGCGCUACAAGAUCUCCGCGCCCAAGGACCCCUCCGCCGACCGCUUCAUUCUCUCCAAGGGUCACGCCGCUCCCAUCCUAUAUGCCGCGUGGGCUGAAGCCGGCCUCUUCCCCGUGGAGGAGCUCAAGAACCUCCGCAAGAUGGACAACGACCUCGAGGGCCACCCCACUCCCCGCCUGAACUUCGUGGACGUGGGCACCGGCUCGCUCGGCCAGGGGCUGGCCGUGGCCGCCGGCAUGGCCUACGUGGGGAAGUACUUCGACCAGGCGCCCUACAGGGUGUACUGCCUGGUGGGAGAUGGCGAGGCCGCCGAGGGCAGCAUCUGGGAGUCGCUGCACUUCGCCAGCCACUACAAGCUAGACAACCUGGUGGUCAUCUUCGACGUCAACCGACUCGGCCAGUCGGAACCCACCUCGCUGCAGCAUCACGUGGAAGUAUACGACGCUCGCCUGAAGUCGUUCGGCUUCCACUCGCUGGUGGUGGACGGGCACGACGUCACCGAGCUGGUGAAGGCGUUCGACGAGGCCGCGACCGUCUCCGGCAAGCCCACGGCGCUCGUCGCCAAGACCUUCAAGGGCAAGGGCUUCCCCGGCAUCGAAGAUCUGGAGAACUGGCAUGGAAAGGCUCUCGGCGCUGAUGGCGAGAAGAUUAUCAAGCACCUGCAGUCGCAGAUCAAGAACAACACAAUCUCGCUGAAGCCCAAGCCCCCGCUAGCGGAGGCGCCGCGCGUGCACAUCGGCGACAUCACGCUGUCGUCGCCGCCCGCCUACAAACAGGGCGAGCAGGUCGCCACCCGCCUCGCUUAUGGUACCGCGCUCAAGAAGAUCGCCGACACCAACCUGAGAGUAAUAGCUCUCGACGGUGACACUAAGAACUCUACCUUCAGUGACAAACUGCGCAACGCCUACCCUGACAGAUACAUCGAGUGCUUCAUCGCGGAGCAGAACCUGGUAGGCGUGGCCACCGGCGCCGCCUGCCGCGACCGCACCGUCGCUUUCGUCUCCACCUUCGCUGCCUUCUUCACCAGGACCUUCGACCAGAUCCGUAUGGGUGCCAUCAGCCAGAGCAACAUCAACCUGGUCGGGUCGCACUGCGGCGUCAGCAUCGGCGAGGACGGGCCCUCGCAGAUGGGGCUCGAGGACCUGGCGCUGUUCCGCGCCGUGCCCACCGCCACCGUCUUCUACCCCUCUGACGCCGUGUCGACGGAGCGCGCCGUGGAGCUUGCCGCCAACACCAAGGGCAUCUGCUACAUCCGCACCUCCCGCCCCAACACCUCCAUGCUCUACCCCAACGACGAGCUCUUCAAGGUUGGACAAGCUAAGGUCGUCCGCCAGUCUCCCAAGGACCAGGUGCUGCUGAUCGGCGCCGGCAUCACGCUGCACGAGUCCGUCGCCGCCUCGGAGACCCUCAAGGCUGAAGGAAUCAACGCCCGCGUGCUGGACCCGUUCACCAUCAAGCCGCUGGACGAGGCGGCGGUGCUGGCCAACGCGCGCGCCUGCGGCGGCCGCAUCGUCGUCGUGGAGGACCACUACCAAGCCGGAGGCCUCGGCGAAGCCGUGCUGUCGGCGGUGGCGCUGCAGCGCGACGUGGUGGUGAAGCACUUGUGCGUGGCCGCGGUGCCGCGCUCGGGGCCGCCCGCCGCGCUGCUCGACAAGUACGGCCUCUCCGCGCCGCACGUCGCCGCCGCCGCCCGGGCCGUGCUCAAGGCCUAGUCGCCCGCUAGCAGUAGCGAGUCUCCGUCUCCUAAACCAUGAGAAUCGACAAAAUAUGUGCAAAACAUCACACGGUUAUAUUUACCGGGCCUUUCACGGCUGCACUGAUCGGAUUUUUGGCGAUUGAACCACCCGUCGUUGGCUUUCUGUUUCUCUAGGGACGUCCGACUUGCCAAAAUUCACAAAGUGUCAAAUAGAGAGUCGCGAGUGGGUCCAAUUGUAAUCGUUUUAUCGGAGCUUUACAAACUGAAAAUACAAUAAUAAGUACGGACCAUUAUUUUAGGUUGCCACUUUCUAUGUGGUUGGAGUGUUAAAUAGUCUGCGCUAUGCCUACUCGCGCCAAAAAUUGACCUGUCACAAUAAAUUAUUUGUUUGUUCCGGUCAUAAUUGAUAACAUUCCUGCUAAUAGGGACAUUCCGAGCAUACUUUUCUAUUUUGAGUUUAUUUCCUAAACGACUAUGGUGUACUGUCCUACACUGAUCCGAUGAGCUUAUUUGCUCAAUCCCGCUGUUACAUUACGUGUAUACGUGUGUGCAACAUGAAAUGCUAUUUUUAUACAUCAUUGUUAUUCAGUGCCUUAAUUAAUCUUGACUGAAUACUUUUAAAUCAUUUAUAUGGCAACUUUUAGGUGCGUCCUCUAAUUUUGCUAUAAAUAUUCAGUCGGGAUUUUAGCAUAGAUAUAUAGGUAAUCUAUUAAGAAUGUGUACAGGUACGCAGACUGUUGAAUGUUUUGGAAAGAUGUUUAAGAUUUGCUUAGCUUGUAAGGAAAAUUUACUAUUUGUUAUAUUGCAAUCAUGAGGGUGUGUCAAGGCACAUGCCUGGUAUAGGUAAGGCAUACAUUUGAGUAAUCUCGGGUUACUAUGGGCUUCCUUACUUUUGUUGUGUUACAAAAAUCAUACACAAUAUGAUUAGAUCAAAUGUUUAAUUGGUAUAUUACAUUCCCGUUGCAUUUUGUUUUUUUGUUUUUUUUUCAUUUAUCACAGAACUAUGUUUUCUGUAAUAAAUAAUAUAUCAAGUACAAAA